GACAGAAAAACCGGUACACAAAAGGAUAAGGCAAUUCUCAGGACGAAAAGAAACGAACCAGUAGAGCCUUCGAAGAAGAAGAAGAAGAAGAAGAGAAGAGAAGCAGGACGACAAUGUCUUCAGCCAUUGCUCCUUUAUCGUUCCUCGGAACUUCCAUUCUAGGCGUCUCUUAUUCACAGAAUCUUCGCAUUCCUCCUCAUCUCAAUUUUCCGUCGACCACUUCAAGUUCCGGCCGACAUUCUCUCGUUAUCGAAGCCAAGGCUACCACCAGACGGGAGGACCGUGCUGCUCGCCAUUCUCGUAUCAGGAAGAAGGUUGAAGGAACAACAGAGAGGCCAAGGUUGUCUGUGUUCCGCUCCAACAAGCAUCUCUAUGUCCAGGUUAUCGAUGACUCCAAGAUGCACACGCUUGCUGCAGUUUCAACAAUGCAGAAAUCAAUCUCUGAGGGGUUAGACUACACUUCUGGCCCUACCAUUGAAGUAGCAAAGAAAGUGGGGGAAGCUAUAGCAAAAUCUUGUCUGGAGAAAGGAAUAACAAAAGUUGCAUUUGACCGUGGUGGAUAUCCAUACCAUGGACGUGUGGAAGCUCUUGCUGAUGCAGCUCGUGAACAUGGCCUUGUGUUCUGAAUAUCCCUCUGUGUUUUUCAUUGUCUUCUGUAUGGUUUGCUGUUAACAGUGCCAUCAGAUGCCCAUAUUUUUCUGUUGAUUAGACCUGAGUUGUAGCUUGUUUCACUUGAAAUUAAGAGGGAAAUUAUUCAUUCAUUCCUCAUCUUUUUUCAAAAACAAAAUUUACAUUGAAUCUAUCAUUUGAAAACAAAAGUACAGACGCUUUCAUGUCGAAGAAA